AUGCUUUCUUUUGGUGCUCGCUCUGCUUCUCUUUUGCGCUCCUCACUGUUUCGACCCCAAAAUGCUCUGAGAAUACCAGCAAGCUCAUCCUUUUUCGCGUUACGGACACUGUCCACGUCGCUUGUGAACUAUGGGCCGUCAUCCCGGUUCGUCUACCUUGGCAACCUGCCGUGGUCCCUGGAGAUUGAGGACAUAAAAGAAAAGGCAGAAAAGUUUGGAACUCUUGCGUCCAUAGAUAUGCCUGACGAAAAUGGCCGUCCAGCCGGUUUUUCCAAUAUCGAGUUUGAGAAUGCGGAGGACGCUGAAAGCUUUUAUAGAGCUGCAGCUGACUCUUCGCUCUCUUUUGGAGGUAGAAAAGCUCGAAUUGAACUUUUCGAUAAGCCUCAGAAGGAGGUUGUGAGGGCUUGGCCACAGAGGGGCCCUUCGCCGCCUUCGCAUACAAUAUUCAUUGGGCAUAUUCCACAUGACAUCGCGGACGCAGACCUACGUGAAUUGUUCACUCCCUAUGGUAAUAUUGCCCGAAUAAGCUUAGGCCGGGACUCUUCUGGUGCUAGACGUGGGUUUGCACAUGUAGAGUUCGAGACCACUGAGGAAGCAUCCGCCGCCCUGAAUGCUCUGAAAAAUCAACAUGAUACUAUCCUUGGCCAAGAGGUACACUUGGACUUUGCCCCGUCGAAGCCCAAAAGUGUACACCCUCCUAGUAACAGGCUGUACUUCGCUCAAUACGACGGUACUUUGCAGGAAAUGCAAGAUGCUCUCCGCAAACACUCAGGGGUAUUAGAUGUUGUCAUGCUAAAGAAUCGGAAUGGUAUCGUUCAAUUCAAAAGCGUCGAAGAAGCCACGGCCGCGAAGCAGGCUCUCGACAAAACCAAGACUUCUAAUGGCCAUCUCAUUAACAUCUUCUAUUCCAGUCCUCGACCUAAACCCAAUGAGAACCGCUUCGGCAAUAGGCGACGGUCGAACUCCUAUGGAAACGACUGGUAG